UGAAAGACAAAAAAAGGUGGACUAGAGAGAGACUUUAACAAAAACUAAAAAUAGAUGGAGCUUGAAUUAGGUCUGAAGAUCACUCGUACUAAAGACGAUGUUUCUUCCUCUACAGAUUUUAGGGUUACCAGUGAUUCUUUUGGUCAUCUCUCGCUUUCUAGAGAAACCAACUCUGUGUUCUUCCUCAUUCUUCAUCUCAAAGGAUUUAAGAAGGAAGGUAUCGAUAUCGAGAUAAACAAAGAAGGGAAUCGGAUUAAGAUCAGCGGAAGAAAACAGGUAGAAGAGAUGGUUUUGGUAAAGUGGGUGGAAUGGAAAAAGGCAACAGAAAUCAAGGAAUUCAAGAAAGUGUUUCGGAUUCCAGAAAUCGUUAAUCUUGACAAGAUCAAAGCGAGGUUUAAUGAAGAAGAUGGGACUUUAACGGUUACAAUGCGAUUCAAAAAGGAAGGUAUUGAAAUUGAUAUAAACGAAGAGGGAAAUCGGAUUACCAUAAGAGGAAGAAAACCUGUUGAAGAAAUGGUUAUGAUUAGAUGGAUGGCAUGGAGAAAAGAAGUGGAAUUUAGGGUUUUUAAGAAAGCUUUUAGGAUUCCUGAUACUGUCGAUUUAGACAUGAUUAAAGCGAGAUUUGAUGACGAUGAUGCGACUCUUACGAUCACAAUGCCGAAAAGAGUAAAGGGAAUUUCUGGAUUUAAGAUUGAGGAGGAAGAAGAAGAAAGAGUGGAGUUUGGAGAUGUGAGUGAAGCUGAGCAUAAAGAGGAAACAGAGAAGGGAGAAGUUGAAGAGGAGAGUAUAGAAAGACAGGGAUCUGAUGUUCACUCUGAGAAAGUUGAGACAGAGUUUCAGAAAGAAGAAGAGUUGGCUGAUUCAAAUAAAGAGAGUGAGGACAGUAGCUUAAGAAAGCCUCCGGACAUUGAUGGACGAGAACGUCAUGAACAGACAAGACAUGAGGAACAAGAAAAUAACCAACAACUGGUUCAAGCAGAGAGUGAAAGUGGUGAUAUUGGAUCCAGAGCAUUUGAAGAGAUUGAAGAACAAGAUCCUGAUAUUCUAGACAGAACAAGUAAAAGUAGAGAAAUGGAAAAUAAAAUGACUAAUGGUGAUAGUGAUGGCUUGAGAAAGUGUCAAGGGAUUGAAGAACCAGAGAGACACAAUGAAGAAAGCAAGAUUUCAGAAAUGGUGGAAGGAGAAACAGGUCAUGAGAAGAAAAAAGUUGUAAAGAUGGAGAUGAGAAAUAGGGAUGUCAAAGAAGAGGUUGAUGGGAAAAUGGGAGAAAGAUUCAGACCAAACAUUGAUAGACCACAAGUAGUUGGUGAAGAUGAUAUUGCAGAAACUGAGACAAAAGCUGAUGAGGUUGACAAGAUACAUGAGCUGGUUGAGAAGAAAGAAGAGGAAGGGGAAAAAGCUAAGGUGAGAAGACAAAGUGAAGACAGAAACUUAAGAAAGCUUCAAGAGAAUGAAGAACAACAUUCUAAGGGACAAAAGCGACACAGCAAAGAAAAAAAGAUGAAAGAAUUGGUGGAAGAGAAAACUCCAGAGGCAGAGACAAAUACAAGGAAUGAUAUUCUGAAACCAGGCCAGGAGAUUGAAGUACCAGAGGUGGAUACGUUAGGGAAAACAAGUGAUGAAGGAACGGAGAAGCAGAACAUUGUAAAGAAGGAAAUAAAAAAUGGAGAUGCCAAAGAAGAAAUUGAUGCGAAAAUGGGUGAAAUAUCCGCAUCAAACACUGCUAUGAAAUCUCAGGAUUUUGAAUCUGAUAAACUAGAAUCAAAUGAGGUAGACAAGAUACAAAAAUUGGUUGAGAAGAAAGACAAGCAAGAGGAAAAUGAUAAGGUUGGAGCACAAAGUGAAGACAGUAGCAUAACAGAGCUUCAGGAGAAUCGAGAACAACAGAUUCAGGGACAUAAGCGACAUGGCAAAGAAGAAAAGAUCAGAGAAUUGGUGGACGAGCAAAUUCCAGAGGCAGAGACAAAUAUAGGGAAUGAUGUUCUGAAACCAGUUCAGGGGAGAAGUGAGGAGAAACACAAUAUACAAGAACUUUUCCAAGAGAAAACAAAGAAUCAGCCAGAAAAGUACAAAGAAAAAAUUAUGGAGAGAGGGAGAAAUACUAAUGAUGCUGGCACAAGAAAGGUUCAAGAGAUUAUUAGACAGCAAGACUUGGACGAACCAGCAAGAUCCGGCAAAGAAAGCAAGACCCGAGAAUCGGUGAAAAGCAAAACAAAUGCUGAAGAGAAAGUAGAGAAAGAAAUUGAAGGAACGGCAAAAAAGGAGCUAGAAUCAGAUAGACCAAAUAUACUCGCUGAAAAGAUCCAAGAACUAAUUGAAGAGAAGACCAAGUUUUCAAAAAACGGAAAAGCUAAGAGUGACAAAGAAACUGCAGAGAAGAAAACAGAAUUUGGUGAUGAUGAUGAUAUUUCAAAAAAAGCUAGAGAUGUUGAACAACAAGAUUCAGAUGCAAUGAAGGGACAAGAAGAAAAAGAAAUGAUUCAAGAAUUAUUGCUGGAAGAAACAGUAUGUGAUGGCGGUAAAGGAAUCAUCGCAGUGGCGGAGACAAAAGCUGAGAAUGAUAAGUCAAAAAGAGUUACAGAGAUUGAAGAACAACAAUUUCAGAAACUUAAAGGAGGAGAAGUAAGUGGUCGUGGAGAAGCUGACAAUGUGGAAAAUAAGAAGAAAACAACAGUGGCAGAGAAAAGAAUCAGGGAUAGCACAAGAGAAGCUCAAGAUAUUGAGAAAAAUGAUUCAGACGCAUCUGGAAAAUAUAUUGAAGAAACCACGAUCCAAGAACUCGGUGAAAACAGAGGAAUUUAUCGAAAUGAAAAUGAAGAAGAGAAGAAGGACGAAACUGAUAGGCCGAAUAAGAUAACAGGUACAAUAAAACAAGAAUUGGUAAGUCUGAACAGCCAAUUGGAGCAAGAAAAUGUUGAAGAUGGAGAAAAGACUCAAGAACUGGUGGAAGAUCAAAUAAAGGAUUGCGAAGAAGAAGAGGGCAGUGAAGAAUCAAAGAUCAAAACGGAGGAUGAUGUUGUAAGAAAGGUUCAAGGUAUUAAAGAAGAGGAGUUGUAUGAACCAAAAAGGGAACCUGUAAGCAAGAUUAAAGAAUUGGUAGAAGAGAAAACAGAUGAUUAUGAAAAACAAGAAGAGAAUGAAAUUGCAGAGUCGGAGAUAGAAGCUGAAUGUGGUAGCUUAAGAAAGGUAGACGGUAGUGAAGAACAGGAGUUGCAUGAACCAAAGAUAAACAAGGAACGCGAUAAGACCCGAAUAACUGGGGCAGAGGAACCAAGUGGUCAAGAGAAAGAGGAAAAGGAGAAGACAAGAGCAGAGUUAGAGAAAGAACUACCUGGCAGGCUAGAGAGUCAUGACAAACGAUACAAAACUCAAGAACUAGUGGAAGCGAGACAUAAGGAAAGUAAAGAAGAAGAACAAAAUGAAAAUAUGACGGCCGAGGCAGAACUGGAAACUGAAAGAGAGAGCUCCAAAAAGGUUCAAGAGAUUGAACAACAGAAAGAUGAAGGACUGAAGGAGAAUGAGAUUGUGGAUAAGAAGACAAAAACUAAAGAUGGUAGCUUGAGAAACGUUCAAGAUGAUGAAGAUCCAGAAUUGACUAAACCUUAUAAGAGACAAAAAGAAGACAUGAUCCAGGAACUAGUGGAAAUGGGAUCAAAUGAUUACAGAGAAAAAGCCAAGAAACAAGAUGAGAACGUCUUAAGAAGCCAAGAGGAUUUAGAUGAAUUUGAGAGACACUGUGAGCAAAACAACAUUCCUAAAUUGGCGGAAGAAGAAAAACUCGAGAACAUUGCUGAGCUAGAGGGAAAAAUGGAAGAUGACAGUUCAACCAAGUUUCAUGAGUUUGAAGAACGAAAAUCAUAUGAAGAUUGGACACACGAGGAGCGAGAAAAGAAAAAAGAUUUAGUUAAAGAAGAAGCAACUGAUCUUAAAUAUAAACACACUGGCGGAGAAGACCAUAUUGACCAUAGAGAAGAACAGCAGGAAGAAAGAGUUAUUGCCAAUGCAGAACUGAAAACUGAGGAAGGUAGCUCAAAAAAGGUCCGAGAGAUUGAAAAACAGGAAUAUGAUGAACUGCAGAGAUCUAAGGUACAAGAAAAGAUGCAAGAAACAGAGGAAAAAGAGAAAACUAGAGCAAUGGAGGAGAAUGAGACUGUGAAGAGAAGUAAACAAACUAAAGAAGGUAGCUUGGGAAAGCUUCGAGAAGGUGAAGAUCCAGAAUUGGGUAGACAUGAGAGACGUGUGGAAGAAGAUAUGAUCCAGGAGUUAGUAGAAGGGAACAUGGAGAACAUUUCUGAGCCAGGUGGAAAAAUGAAAGGUGAUAGUUCAGACAUAUUUCAUGAGUUUCAAAAACAAAAAGCAUAUGAAGAUUAUAGAGAAGAAGAGGAAUGUGAAGAGACCGGAAAUUUAGUUAAAGAGAAAGCAACUGAUCUUAAAGAUAAACACACAGGAGGAGAAGAAGAAACUGCACAUACUAAGACCAAAGCUGAGGAUGAGAUUAACGAAAAGGUAGGGGAGAAUAAAGAACCAGAAUCGGAGAAACAGAAGCGAUACGAGAAAUUGGACAAGUUAGUACUAAAAGAGGGUGCAACCGAUCGCGAAAAAGAAGAAGGAAAUCUCUUUGAGGAUUUUACAACAAAGAUUCAAGAAACCAAAAAAGAAGAGUCACAUGAAUUGGAGAUGCGAGAGAAACAACAAGACAUAGUGCCAGGUUUUAUGGAAGAUGAAACAGGGGAUCAAGAAGAUGAAGAGGCAGAGGAAGCUGCAGCUGUAGUGGCAAGCAAUGAGAACGGAAAUUCAAAUAAAGUUCAAACGAUUAAAGAACACAAGAAACAAAACAUGAUCCCUGAAACAAGUGAUACUGAAGUGAAGGAGACAAAACAAGAGGUUCCCAACUUAAGAAAUGUCCAAGAGGCAAAAGAGCUAGAAUCACAUUUCCAAGAACAUGAAGGAAAAACAGAGAAUAGCAAAGAUGACGAAGGAAGCAAGGGAGAUGAAGGAAAACAAGGAAAGACUGUUGAGACUAUGUCACUCGAAAGGUUCAAGACAAAAAGUGAAAUGGUAAGAAAGAUUCAAGAGACCAAAGGGGAAAAAUCAAAUGAAAAGAAAAAUCACGAACGGAAAGGCAAGAUCGAAGAACCAGAGAGGAAAGAAUCGAGUAAUCAUGAGGUAAAGCUGGCGACUGAAGAUGAUAGCCUUAGAAUAGGUCAAGAGUUUUUGGAAAAUGAGUCAAAUAUGUCAAAGAGAGGGUCACUAGAACAAGAUAGAAUCCAAGAACCGAAGGAGGCGGAGACCAAAAUCGACGAUGGUAAAUCAAGAAAACUUGAAAUGUCUAAAUUGCUGGAAUUGGAUGAAUCAGAAGAACAGAAGAACAAGAUCCAGAAAUCAAUGGAAGAGAAAUCAAAUGCUCCUGAAAUAGAGAAAGAAGGAAAUGAGAAAAUUGCAGAAGAGGAGAUGCAAUGUAAGAUUCAUGGUAGAGUUAAGGACAAAGAGGUUAAAGGACAAGAACUAUAUGAACUUCUAAAAAAUAGAGAACAUGAGAAGAUCCCAGAAUAUCAUAGAGAAGAAGAAAAGGGAAUGGAGCAGAGAGAUAUUGAAGAGAUGAAGAGAGCAGCUGAGGUUGUUAGCUCAAGAGAGUUUCAAGAUGUUGAAGAAAAAGGAUCAGAUCAGCCAAAAAGAUAUGCAGAACAAGAAAAAAUCCGAGAACGAAUGACUGAGGAGGAGGGAAAAGAAGAAUAUCAUAUAAAACAAGGAGAUCAGAACGAGAAGGCAAAGAGAAUUCUGCAGGUGGAGUCGAAAGCUAAUGAUGAUAGCUCAAAAAAGAAUGAGACUGGAGGACAGGAAACAACGGCAUUGAGAGGAGAAAAUCAUCAGAGGAAAGAAGAGACAAUAGAUGAAUGUGAUAGCUCAAGGAAGAUUCACGGACACGAAGAAAAACGAAAGAUGAGCGAAAAACUUGCUGAAAAAGAAACAAGCGAUGAUGAUAAAGAAGCAAAAGAAGGAAACAGGGCAGGGGUAGUAUGGAGAGAGGGAGAGCCAAAAAUCAGGGAUGAUGGCUUUCGAAAUGCAAGAGAGAUUGACGAACAAGAAAAAGAACAAGACAAGAAGCAAUCAUAUGUGGAAGAUGACAUAAGUGGUAAAGCAAAAGAGAAGAAGAAUCAAGAGACAGAGAGGAUAUAUGAUAGGUCAGGAAAUAAAGCUCAAGAAAUUGAAAAACAAGAGUCUCAUGAACAAAAGAGAAGUGAGGAAGAGGUUUUUUGGAGAGCAGAUACAAAUGAUGAAUAUGAUAGCUCAAGGAAGAUUCACGAACAUGGAGAACGAAAGUCAGAUCAAAUGGGCGGAAAACUUGCAGAAGAGGAAACAAGCCAUGAUAAAGAAGCCAAGGAAGGAAACAAAGCAGAGUCAGAAUUGGGAGAGGUUGAGAAAAAAUUUGGAAAGGUAAGAGAAAUUGAAGAAAAAGAACAAGACAAGAAGCAAUCAUUGGAAACAGACAUAAGUGGAAAAGAAAAAGAGAAUAAGAAUCAAGAGAUAAAGGCUAGAGAUGAUAGCUCAGGAAAGAAGAUUCAAGAAAAUGAGAAACAAGAGUCUCAUGAGCAAAAGAGAAAUGAGGAACAAGACAAGAAGAACCUGGGACUUGUGGAGAAGAAAAAAGAAGAGGAUGAAACUGCAGAGGCAGAGGUGCCAAGAAACUUGAAGGGGAUUGAAAACCGAGAAUCAACUAAAGUGGUGGAAAAACAUGAACACCGAGAUAACAUCAAAGAAUUGGUGGAAGAGAGAAUGAACAAUCACAAAGGAGAAGACAAGAAGAGCGUGAUUACGCAGGUCUUAGCAAAAGCUAAAGAAGGUGAAUCAAAAGUACCUGAAGGACUGAGGAAACAAGACAAAAACAUGGAACAAAGAUUAAGGGAUAAUCUUAAAGAUGAAGAAACAAAACGCAAGGAUAAUGAAACAAGAAAGUUUCAUCGGAUAAAAGAAAAAGAGACAAGUGAACAAGAGAUACUUAAAGAACAUGGAAGGAUCAAAGAAUUGGUUGAAGACAGGACACAUUUUUGCAUAGAAAAAGAGAACAGAGCAACUGAAUUAGAAGAUGGUAGCUCGAAAAUGAUUCAAGAGAGAGAGAAAGAAGAAUCAAUUAAACCAGAAAAUGAUGAGAACAAGACCCAAGAACCAGUGGAUAUGGAAACAAGUGAAGAUGACGAAGAAGAAUUAGAAAUUGAACUUGAAGACGAAGAAGAAGACUGGGAAGCUGAAGUUAUUCAAGAGACAGAUUCAGAUGAAGAUAAUGAUAAAAUUAGACAAAUAAAAAGAAUCAGAUUAGGAUUCAGGUUAGUCGGGGGAUCAACAUUGUUUAUGUCACUUAUAGUCAUCGUUAUUAGUAUCAUUCGUUCCAAGAGAAAAAUAAGAUGUUACAAGUUCUAACCAAAGCACAAUACAAUAUCAUCUUUUUU